AUGAAUCCGAAAUCUCACUGCCGUCCCCUUCCUUUCCUCGUCCGUAUCCACGAUCUCGUUUCCACAGAUGCGGAUGCGAAAUCACAAGAGCCGGUAAAUGGAAAAGAAGAGAAAAACGGUACGGCUGCGCCAGAGAAACGUUCAUCCAACGUUGGUGCUGAACGAAUGGGAAAUUUGCGGGAGAAAUUUGAAAAGGGUCAAGUAACAGAGAAAAAGAAAAAGAAAAGUGCACCUAAAAUCAAAUAUGCCGGUGCAGAUGCUGUCAAGAGCAAGUUCAUCGAGACCGCCACGAAAUCUACCAAGGUUGCCGAAAACGGACCAAAAGGCCCGAAAGAAUUCACUCCUCCACCUGAGGGUGUGGCUGUGGGUGUUUUAGAAAGUCAACCGAAACCUAGAGCGCCAGAUGUGGUGACCGCGGAUGAUACCUUGGAACCGGUGGAUCUGACUGUCAUCGGGGAAACCACCAAAAAUUUGAGAGCCAAGUUCAAGCAUUUGGAGGAAACUGGAGGACAAGCCGACGAUGAGGAGAAACCUCACACAAAUGCCCUGAUUGACGAAUUCAAAACAGUGGGCACAGAAGCCCUUCGCAGUGCUCGAGGUCGUUGGAAGGAUAUCGAAAGUGGGAAAGUGGAAAGUGUUGAUUUAGGCGAACGACCAAAAAUCGAUAUACGUGGUGAGGGUUACGGAGGAGUCUAUGAGAACGAGCCUGAGAAAUUUGAGAAUAUUGCUCGGGCUGGUGAGCCCAAACAUGAGCUGCCGUCCGGAAUCAGUGCCAAAGAACGACGUGAGGAAUUUCUGCGAAAAGCACAUGAAUCCUCGGUUGUGAAGAAAGAGCCGACCAAAAUCGAUAUCAAUGCGGCCGAGAGUGGAAUUUACGAGAACGAGCCGGCACGACGAGAUGAUGUGGUUCGUUACGAUGAUGAACAGACUCACGACUAUCCACCGACCACAGCCAAAUGGGCAUCUGAGGCUAAAAAUCGAUUUAUGCAGGAAGCGUCAAAAGCGCAAGAACGAGUUCAACGAACACAGCCUGUGUCAGAUACUAAUACCUCCGGACCCGGAGUUGCCACACAGGCAAAACAAGCACUAUUGGAGAAGAAGAAACAAGAAGAAGAAGCUGCCAAGAACAAGGCCAGACCGGAUAUUAUCGAUAUCUGGGGUGAACAGUGCGCUCACAGUGGUGUCUUCGAGAACACACCAGCUGCUCGAUCCGCGGAUGUUGUGGCCGGUCAUGAUUCCGAGGAAAGUGAAGUUGAGGAGUCAGAAGAAGAGGAAUAG